CUAAAUUUUGCCAUCUCUGAUACCUCUUCUUCGAGCGACGAGCGACACUUUCUCUCCCCGUCCGUCUCUAUCCUUUUUGAUACCCCCCAAACAAAUCCAGCUCCAAAAAUACCAGAUCGCCCAAGAUGAAGACGACCUGGAAGGACAUCCCCCCGGUGCCUACUCAGCAGGAGUUUCUGGAUAUUGUUCUGAGCCGGACCCAGCGCAAGCUGCCAACGCAGAUUCGCGCCGGUUUCAAGAUCAGCCGUAUUCGAGCUUUCUACACUCGAAAGGUCAAGUUCACACAAGAGACCUUCUCAGAGAAGUUCGGCGCCAUCCUCGAGAGUUUCCCUCGUCUGCAGGACAUCCAUCCUUUCCACAAGGAUCUCCUCAACACCCUCUACGAUGCCGACCAUUUCAGAAUCGCCCUCGGUCAGAUGUCCACCGCCAAGCAUCUGAUUGAGACCAUCUCCCGCGAUUAUGUCCGUCUCCUCAAGUACGGCCAGUCUCUGUUCCAGUGCAAGCAGCUCAAGAGGGCCGCUCUGGGUCGCAUGGCCACCCUCAUUAAGCGACUCAAGGACCCUCUUAUGUACCUCGAUCAGGUCCGCCAGCAUCUCGGCCGUCUGCCUUCGAUCGACCCCAACACUCGAACACUGCUUAUCUGCGGUUACCCCAACGUCGGAAAGUCUAGUUUCCUCAAGAGCGUUACUCGUGCCGAUGUCGACGUUCAGCCCUAUGCUUUCACCACAAAGAGUCUGUUUGUCGGUCACUUCGACUACAAGUAUCUCCGCUUCCAGGCCAUCGAUACCCCCGGUAUUUUGGAUCACCCUCUUGAGGAGAUGAACACCAUUGAGAUGCAAAGUAUCACCGCCAUUGCCCAUUUGAGAUCCGCCAUUAUGUACUUUAUGGAUCUUUCAGAGCAGUGCGGAUACACAGUUAGCGCCCAGAUUGCUCUCUUCAAGAGCAUCAAGCCUCUGUUCUCCAACAAGCUUGUCUUCGUUGUUAUCAACAAGAUUGAUGUCACCCGACCUGAGGACCUUGAGCCCGAGGUUCAGGCUGAGCUCCAAAGCAUUCUCAAGUCGGGUGAGGUCGAGAUGCUCCAAUUGUCCUGCAACACUCAGGAGGGUGUUCAAGAGGUCAAGAACGCUGCUUGCGAGCGCUUGAUCGCUGAGCGUGUUAACCAGAAGCUCAAGGCUGGUACCAACAACAGCGGAAACAUCGGUGGCCGUCUGGCUGAUGUUAUGUCCCGUAUCCACGUUGCUCAGCCCAUGGGUGGUCAGACUCUUGAGACUUUCAUCCCCGAGGGUGUCAAGGACCGCAAGAAGUAUGACAAGACCGACCCCGAGCGCCGAAGACUCGCUCGUGAUGAGGAGGAGGAGAACGGUGGUGCUGGUGUCUUCAACGUCGACAUGAAGGCCGACUACAUGCUCGCCAACCCCGAGUGGAAGUACGACAAGAUCCCCGAGAUCUACGAUGGCAAGAACGUCUACGACUUUAUCGAUCCCGAUAUUGAGGCUAAGCUUCAGGCUCUUGAGGAAGAGGAGGAGAAGCUCGAGGCUGAGGGCUUCUACGAGUCUGAUGAGGAUAUUGAGGAUGACGAGGAGGCUGAGGUCAUGCGCAAGGCCGAGCUGAUCCGCGAGAAGCAGCAGCUCAUCCGCAACGAGGCCCGCAUGAAGAAGCGUCUCAAGAACCAGGCCAUCAUCCCUCGCAAGCAGAUGAAGAAGCCCCUCUCCGAGUUCGAGGAUGCCCUCGACCAACUCGGUGUCGACACCACCGAUAUUGCCGAGCGUGCUCGCUCAAAGUCUCGUCCUCGUGGCCGUUCCACAUCUCGCAUGGGCACCGAGGACCCCGAUGCCAUGGAUGUCGACGGUGGUCGCAGCAGCACUCCCCGCGAGCGUAUGCGCUCUAUGAGCCGACCUCGAAGCCGUGCUCCUACUGCCAGCCGCCGCGACGAUGGUGUCACAGACGAGGCUACUCGAUCCAAGGCCGAUCGUAUCGCCAGGCUCAACCAGAAGCGCAUGAACCGCAUGGCCCGACAGGGAGAGGGCGAUCGACACACGACCGCUUCCAUCACCAAGCACUUGGUCGUCGGAAAGCGUGGUAUGGGCAAGACAAACCGCAGAUAGAGAGCCAACACCAGGCUUCCCUUUCUUCCACAUUUGGUUGUCUUUCUCUCUUUUCCGGCAUAUUUUCGCGGGCUGUGGGUUUGCCUGGGAGUUUGGGCGCAUAGGAAAAUGGAUUGCGAUUCCUUCGCUGCGUACGUACGUGAUUGACAAGAAAAAAAUAGCUUGCGUGUCGCGUUGUUGCUUGGGAUGAAGAAGCUCUGUCCGAGUUCAGCUAGAUAGUAGAUAUCACGGCGCCUCCUUGAGAAGUACUAGAAAAGGGGCUGCCAAACUUUUCUUUCCUUCUCUUUUAACAGAUCAUGAUUUAUGAAGCAUAUAAAAGUUUCAGUCAAAUUUCAUAUUAUCCACCC